GUUCGUCACUCGGUUUUUCACUGCUGUUCAGCAGCGCCUGUACGAACGACCCGUUUGUGCGCCUCAUUGCGACGGCUGUGAAGUCUUUCUUCUCGGCCUGGUGGCACCGCUCUGUCAUCCGGGCCGUGUUCGUUUCAGCUUUGGACGAUGUUCGGAAGACCCUUGGAAACAAGAGGCCUUGGAACGCGGUGAAGCAGCCACUGUCGGCUCUCCUCCUCGCCCUCGGCACGAUUGGCCGGGACUUCGGACUUGAUCCAGACUGCCUGGUGGACCAGCAUGGGGUCUUCCGGGCGAUCGGCCGUUUCUCGCUUGUUGUUUUCGUAGGCAUUUGUAGGCUGGCGUGCUGGGAUGCGAUUGUGAACGAUGAGCAAG